CCACCACAACAAUCCAACAGACUGCUAAUUAACAACAGUCGCAAUGGCGAAAUCCAAGAACUCGUCCCAACACAACCAGUCGAAGAAGGCUCACCGUAACGGUAUCAAGAAGCCAAAGACCUCCAGAUACCCAUCCCUCAAGGGUACCGACCCCAAGUUCAGAAGAAACCACAGACAUGCUCUCCACGGCACAAUGAAGGCUUUGAAGGAGUUGAAGGAGGGCAAGCGUGAGACCGCAUAAAUUUGAUAAUAUCUUAUUUUAUGGGACUUGGUUGUGGCAGUAGUUGCAUUCCGAUGUUUUGCUCUACAGGGAAGUGGAAGCAAGCCGACGACAUAAACCGGGAUUAGACACUGGGGGCGAUAGUUCUAUCCAUUGAAUCAACACAAGCUACACCAUCCGACGUACCUCA